AGUUACGGUCCACGAACGGCGCAAGGCGUGCGGACGCGUCGCUGGCGGGAAAAAUAGCUGACAUUAGUUUUCGCGCCAAAUGUAGGUCAGCGCGCGUUCCAUAUCCGAAAAUCAACAACGAUAAAUCGUUUUUUCUCUUAAAUGAAUAAUUUAUGCUUCACCCGCAAGAAGGACAAGCGGAAGUCACUGGAGCCCUCAUCAAUAAGUGCCGGUAAUAGUCCUUUAAGGACCCGACCGGCUAGCCAAAGCCUGUCUAUAGCGCCAAGGACCUCAGCUUACGACAAAAAAGAUGUAAUGAAGGAGUGGAUCUGCGGGAUAUGUAGGAAAGAAUUGGUGGAACCGAGGCUGCUGGGCUGCCUCCACAGCUUCUGCACCAGCUGUCUUCAGGGUCUGCAUCAGGAGGGUGCUUGUGAAUUGUGGAGCGAAGUCGAUAGAGAGUCAAUCCAACAAGAUCCUGCCGAAUCAGGAUCAGGCUUGGGUUCCGCCGGAUCCGGAUACGAGAGUGACUUGAGACAUUCAGACUCUGAGGGCAGUUGGGAGCACAAAAACAAGAAAUACGGUAUUCUGACAAGAAAGAUUUCCGGUAAAAGCGUGCAAUUCGUAGUAUGCCCAACAUGCGGUCAAGAGAGCGCGCUCCCUCUGGGAGGUAUAGCGGCGUUGCCCCUCAACUACGUGCUGCUUCGGAAGAUGAACUCACAUGAGAACGGUGUGGCGGUACUCUGCGACCUUUGCGACAGUGACCAUAAGGCUGUGAGUCGUUGCGGGAAAUGCCUGAUCAGCAUAUGCUCAUCGUGCGGCGACGCCCACGAGAGGCAGCCGACCACGGCGAGACACGUACUGGAGCCGCUACACCCUCCCGUCAGAUACUGCUCGCAACAUCCCAAGGCUGAACUGUGCAUCUACUGCGCUACUUGUCAACAGGUUGUGUGCCGAGAGUGCUGCGUGGUGUCGCACGGCGGGCACGCGCUGGCGGCGGCGUCCCGCGCGGCUGCCGAGCGCGCCCGCGUGCUGCGUGCCGCCUGCGAUCGCGCCGCGCACGUGCCGGGCAACGUGCAGCGGGCGGCCAGGGCGCUGCAAGUGCAUGCCGCUCAAGUUGAUGCUCAGGCUUCCAAAGUGGAAUCGGAAGUGGAGACGUGGGCGGCGGAGUACAGUCGCGCGGUGGAGGCGCACGGGCGCGCGCUGCUGCGGGCCGCGGGGCGGGCGCGCUGCGGGUUCCGUCGCGGCGUGCGGCGCCACGAGCAGCGCCUCGACGAGCGCGUGCGGGACGCGCACGAAGCCGUCGCCUUCGCCCAGGAGUUGCUCUCGGGAGCCAGAGACGAUGAGUUGCUAUCCCUGAGCGGGCCCGUCCUCCGGCGGUUAGAGAGGGUGACGGAGGUAGAGGGGCUGGGGCAGGCUCCCCAGUGCGAGGUCAGGUUCGCGCCGCUGGCCCCCGCCGCGCCGCACUCCACGCUGUACGGGCGGCUGCUCACUCAGGCGCCGGACCCCGACAAAUGCGUUCUGGAUACUGAAGGUCUCCAAGACCUGAUGGUGAAUUGUCAACACGAGACAGUUUUAGAGCUGAGGGACUGUAACGGUGAGCGCAUUUGGUGCGGAGGCGAACAGGUGUCGGGCUACCUGCGGCGCCGCGACUCGAGCGCGCGGCCGGCCGGCGCCGCGGUUACGGACCGCGCCGACGGUCGCUACACGCUCGCCUUCACGCCCGCCGCGCCCGGCGCAUACCUGCUGGCCGUCACCGUCGCCAACAAGCCUAUUAAGGGUAGUCCGUUCCCGUGUGCGGCAAGGGUGGGUAAGACCCAUAACGGCCAGUACCACUGCUGUUCCUUCUGUUCCUCGGGCGGGAAGAGGGACGCGAGCUGUGCUUGCGGAGCCACUAUGCCGGGAGGAUAUAAGGGUUGCGGGCACGGCCACACGGGUUGGCCCGGCACGCGACACUGGUCUUGCUGCGGCGCCACGCAGCGGCACUCCGUCUGCACGCGCCGGCCCACCCAGUCGCGACUCUACCAGUUCUCGCUGUAAAACUAGUUCGGCCACAAUAAUCCACGACCAGACCACUCGACGCAGUUCUGUGUGCUUAGUCCGAGUUUUUUAACGUACUCGAUAGCGUAAAAGUUACCUCACAUUUUUGUAUAGAAUGGGAUGGUUCGCGAACGUUUGCCGCUAGGGGCGCUGUUCCAACUGUAUACAAAAUUGGGUUAACUUUUACGCUAUCGAGAACGUUAAGAAACUCGCACUAAGCACACUGCUGCAGUUAAAACCACUUUUGCGAACUGGAUCCGGGCAAUGAUUCAAGCCACGAAAGCGUAAUGCGAUCGAAACGUGGCAAAUAAUAUGGAGACAUGAGUGGAUGAAGGGGACAUGAUACAAAUUGUUAAUUUUGAGAAAACGGUAAACAAACUUGUUACUUGUACUUUUUAUUCAUAUAUAACUCCUUCAUCACAUACAGUUUCUAAAAAUAGCCUUUAAACCUAGAGUUUUAAAGUCUAAUAUGGUUUUUAGGCACAUUACACCUUUAUCCAAUGUAAAAACACAAAAAUCUUAAACAUGGUACUUAAUCCCUUCAUCCACUCACCUCUUCAUAUAAUGACAGUAGAAAAACUCGGGGUCAAACCGUAAAAGUGGUUUUAAUUGUGUCUAUGACUUGCGUAAACCGAAGCAAAUAUUCACUACAACUUCCCUGUUCUAGAUAAAAGAUAUACCAUCAGUAUUGUUAACUAGUAGUUAAAUGAACAAAUUAGUAUACAUUAAUUGCAAGUGAUAGAUUUUUUUUCGAUGGCUUCACUAUAAUCUUUCGAGAAAUGUAUUUAUAUUUAGUUAACGAGGUGUGGGAAUACUGAUUGUCUGCUUAUUCCUGACAUCCUAUACAGAGUAAGAUUUUGUCUUAGCGCGAUUGAUUGCGAAAGGGUUAUAUAAGUUUGUCUGUUAAGAUUAAUUAACGACAAGUUUCGCAAAAUCUAAUACAUUUUUAUAUUAAAAGUAAAAAAAUGUUAAAUUGUUAAGAUAAAGUAUGAAGUCGAUUAAUUGAUAAAAAAAGUAGAUGAUAAUACGAAA